UCAUAUAACCAUCCAAAAUGGAGGAGGGUCUCGUGAUAUUAGUUUUCCUGUUUGGCUUGCAAAUUGCUUCUGGAAAACCACCGCACAUAGUGUUCAUUCUGGCCGAUGAUUAUGGCUUUAAUGAUAUCGGUUACCACAAUCCACGCAUAAAAACUCCCUUUCUCGACAGUUUGGCAACCAAUGGAGUGCGCUUGGAGAACUAUUACGUGCAACCAAUUUGUACGCCAACUCGAAGUCAGCUCUUUUCCGGCAGGUAUCAAAUUCACACCGGCCUACAACACGGAAUAAUCUGGCCUUCUCAGGCGAAUGCAUUGCCUAAAAAUGACACUACGAUCGCAAGUAAGCUGAAAGAGAGUGGCUACAGUACACACAUGAUCGGAAAAUGGCAUAUUGGAUUCUACAAGAGAGAGUUCAUUCCAACUCAGAGGGGUUUCGAUUCUUUUUUCGGUUACUUGACAGGUGGAGAAGAUUACUAUACUCAUGAUGAUCCCAUUGGAUAUCCAUCAAAAGGAUACAGUGGUCUGAACGGGUACGACAUGCGGAGAAAUGAAGAAGUUGCUACUGAUGUCGCCGGGAACUAUUCAACAUUCUUGUUCACAAAUGAAGCAGUUGAGAUAAUUUCUUCUCACGAUCCAGAAACACCUUUGUUCCUUUUCGUCGCAUAUCAAGCUGUUCACUCACCCUUACAGGUACCUGAACAGUACACAGAGAUAUACAAAGAUAUAAAAAACCCUGCUCGCCGCACGUAUGCAGGCAUGGUUACCUGUAUGGAUGAAGGGAUUGGCAACAUAACAGUGGCCCUACAGAAACAUGGCCUGUGGGAUGACACCGUCCUUUUCUUCAGUACAGACAAUGGUGGACAGAUAUAUGCAGCCGGUAACAACUAUCCUCUGCGAGGAUGGAAAGGGUCGCUAUGGGAGGGCGGGAUGAGGGGUAUAGGUCUUGUGCACAGCAAACUGUUAGCAAAACCUGGACAGAUAAAUUCAGAACUGAUCCAUGUCACUGACUGGUUUCCAACAAUUGUCCAUCUAUCAGGAGGUUCUGUUGAGGAUCUACCUCUUGAUGGUUACAAUGUGUGGGAAACAUUGAGUAAUGGAGAACCUUCACCAAGGAAGGAAAUCUUGCACAAUAUCGACCCCAUUGAUGCUUACUGGGACUCUCACUUUGAGCCAUAUAAACACUGUCGACAAGCUGCCAUACGAGUUGGUGAUUGGAAGCUUUUAACAGGAUGUCCAGGGAAUGGAAGUUGGCUUCCACCACCAGAGAGUUCUUAUCCCAUCGAGUAUGCACCAAAUUAUUUUGAUAAUAUAAACAGUACCUUUCUUUUCAAUAUAAGAGAGGAUCCAGAAGAAAGAAAUGAACUGUCAAAGGUAUAUCCAGAGAUGGUGAAUAAUUUGAUGCGCAGGCUUAAGGAAUACAAUGCCACAGCUGUACCAGUGCGUUACCCAAAACCAGAUCCAGCAUCAUUACCAGAGUUGCAUGGUAAUGUAUGGGCUCCCUGGGAGCUGUAAAAAGACAAAUUUUCCUAAGGCUCAGCUAGGUUUAAAUGUGUUUUAAACACUGACUUCUUGCAUCAUCCCUUUUACCUAAGUCAUUAGUAUUAGAGCAAUUUUCAUUUGAAAGUGGAAAGUAAUCACAGAUUGGGUCAGUUUUUCAUCACUUUGCUAUACCAGUCUUUCAAUCAAUCAAAUUCACAAAGGAAGACAGUUGUGAUUGGUUACUUGUGCAUUUUUCUGUGCACCAGGUAAUUUAUUUUUUUUACUCUGAAUUCUCAUUGGUAAUGGAAUUUUUGUUUCUAAAUGUUGUUGCUUUUAUAUGCUAAUUUUUAUGGUAAAAAAAAGUAUAAAUCAGUAUUAUAAAAUAAGUCUUACCUUCAAGUUAUUUUUUUGUUACUAGCUGAAUUUAGGUCGUAGAAAGAACUACUUUUUCAUUCACUUUCCAAGUCACCAUAGGCAUGGCAGUAUAAUCCAAGUUUAAAAGCCUUAUGAGAGGUUUUGUAACGAAUAAUAAGAAUUUUUUAAAUAACAUUAGUGCUAAUGAAUCACCUUAGGUGUAUAAUGUAAUUAUUUAGAGGUGAUAUUUUAAAUAAGUGAAAAAUAAAGUUUUAACUUCAUAUGAACUUA